GUGUAGAUUAUGCAAAGUUGCCGUCUCAGCAGAGUGAUGAAUUGUAGGCGGUUUACAGUGUAGCGCAUAUCAAGGGGGUGUCGAUUUGGCCCUACUUACCCCUAGAAAUCUCUAGUUUCAGCCUCUAGUGACUGUUAAAUGAUUUUUCACCCUUGUUACGAGAUAAGUGAUAACCCACCACUAGACUCGACGAAACGUUCUUCCUAAAUGAUGGCAGAUGUCAAGCGACGAUCUUCAACGAUACGAUCGGUAGAAUCUUUCACUCUACUCGAGGAAGCUGCAGAGCUGUGUCGCCUAGAUGUAAUAAACAUCAACAAACGGCUGUUGCUGGUGGUGGGUCUGGCGGCCGCCAUCGUGCUAGCCCUCGGACUGGGACUGUACUUUGGCCUUCGCGAGACCGGAUCGGAUUCUCCACAGCGUGAUGAGGAAGUUUUCCUGCGCGGAGGUGCGGUUACAUCCAAUGGACUAGAAUGUGCGGCCAUUGGCGAGGAUAUUUUGCGCAAGAAUGGUUCCGCAGCCGACGCCGCCAUAGCCGUUCUCUUCUGCGAGGGGGUGACCUGUCCGCAGAGUGCCGGUCUAGGAGGGGGCUUCUUCCUGACCAUCUAUGAUCGAGCGACAAAAACGGCUCACACCCUAGAUGCUCGAGAAACUGCUCCGGCAGCCGCAACGAAGGACAUGUACGUCAACAAUCAGGAAGCUGCAGUCGUAGGAGGCCUUGCCGUGGCAGUGCCCGGUGAAAUCAAAGGCUACUGGGAGCUGCACAAGCGAUACGGCAAACUAGAUUGGAAGACACUUAUCGAUCCCACGAUCAAAUUGUGUCGCGAAGGUCAUGUGGUUUCGGGCUAUUUGGAUCGCAUCAUUAGGCCUCGGCGAGACCGUAUCAAUGCGAUCCCUUCGUUAAAGGAAGUUUUUAUCAAUCCAGAGACGGGCGAAACGUGGAAGGAAGGAGAGCGUAUCAAACGCUUGGCCUUGGCAGAUUCCCUAGAAGUGAUCGCCAGUGAAGGGGUUGAUUCACUUUACAGUCGCAAUGGUACUCUUCUACCGAAACUUAUGCGUGAUCUCAAGGAAUUUGGCAGUAUUAUUACGGAAGAUGACAUCGUCAAUUAUCAAGUCCGCUGGCUUCCACCAGCCUACACUGAACUGAAGGGCAACUAUCACGUGUACUCAAUGCCACUGCCGGGUAGUGGCCACGUACUUAACUACAUGUUGAACAUCCUGGACGGAUACGACGAACUGCGGAACGAUCCCCUGACCUGGCACCGGAUCGUGGAAGCUUUCAAGCAUGGCUACGGUCUACGGACCCAUCUGGGCGAUCCGGCCUUCGUACCCGGCAUCGAAGAGCUGAUCCGCAAGUUGACCAACAAAAAUUACGCCGCCUUUGUGCGGGAUGGAAUCUGGGACAACAAAACAUUCCAGGAGUACGAACACUACGGGGCCGAGUAUUUCAACGAGGAAGAUCACGGUACGGCUCAUGUUUCGAUCCUGGCCCCGAAUGGGGAUGCAGUAGCUGUAACGUCCACCAUCAACUAUAUAACAUCGCGCCGGAAAAAGUUUUUGGCUGGCAGCGUUGUAACCGUUAUUAUUGCAGUGCUUCUGAUUGGGGGGCUCUACAUCGGAUUCUUCCAUGACGCAGAAACGGCUACAGCAGCAUCAGCUCACAAGGGUGGCGGUGCCGUUGCAGCCAAUGGACAUGAAUGUGCCGCCAUCGGGGCCAACAUUCUCCGGGUGGGUGGAUCAGCAGCCGAUGCCGCCAUUGCCACGCUUUUCUGCGAGGGCGUAACCUGUCCCCAGAGCAUGGGUCUCGGUGGUGGUUUCAUUCUUACCAUUUACGAUGCGGCCAAGAACCAUGCGGAAACUUUAAAUGCCCGGGAAACUGCUCCGGCCGCUGCCACCGUUGAUAUGCUCGUGCAGCAAGAUGACAGUUCAGGAAAAGACAAACGUGGGCUAGUGAUUGCCGUACCUGGUGAACUGAAAGGUUAUUGGGUCCUACACCAGCGCUAUGGUAAGCUCAAUUGGUCCGCACUUGUUCAACCGACGAUUGAUCUUUGCCGAAAUGGGCAUAUGGUCACCAAGUAUUUGGGCAGGAUCCUGAGCAUAACGGAGAAAAAAAUCCUGGCCGAACCAUCGCUGAGGGAGAUCUUUAUCAAUCCGGCCACCAAUGGCACCUGGAAGGAAGGCCAGUACAUCAAGCGGCUAGCGUUGGCCGACGGCUUGGAGAUCAUCGCGAAAGAAGGCGUCCAUGCGUUGUACAGCAAAAAUGGUACGCUCCUACCCAAGCUGAUGCAAGAUCUGAAGGGCUUCGAUAGCAUCCUGACCGAGGAGGACUUCUACAACUAUGAACCGAAAUGGGAGCGGCCGGCCACCGCAACGUUGCGUGGAGGAAGUGAGGUCCAUUCGUUCCCUCUGCCCGGCAGUGGUACGCUGCUCAAUUUCAUGCUCCGGGUACUGGAUGGCUACGAGAAGCUCGAUCCCAAGGACACCCUUACGUGGCACCGGAUUGUGGAGGCGUUCAAGUGGGGUUAUGGCUUGCGGACACGCGUCGGAGAUCCACACUACGUUGCUGGCAUUGCUGGACUAACACAGAACUUAACCAGCGAUAGUUUUGCGGCGUACAUCCGAUCGAAGAUAGAUGAUAAUCGAACCUUUUCGGAGUACUCUCAUUACGGGGCAGAAUUUGGCAAUGUUGAAGAUCACGGAACGGCUCACGUAUCAGUGCUAGCGGCCAAUGGCGAUGCGGUGGCAGCGACGAGUACGAUCAAUUAUUUAUUGGGAGCAAAAAUACGAUCACGUCUAACGGGCAUAAUUCUGAACGACGAGAUGGAUGACUUCGGCUCUCCAAACAGCACCAACACGUACGGUUUACCACCUUCUCCGGCGAAUAUGAUUGCCCCCGGGAAACGACCGCUCUCCUCGAUGGCGCCAACGAUCGUGACCAGUCGAGACGGUUCCGGGGUUCGAAUGGUUGUCGGAGGUGCCGGAGGAUCGCGCAUCACUACGGCCACGGCUUUGCUCAUCCUGCGGCACGUGGUUUUCGGAGAAGAGCUGAACGCUACGAUGGCCGCUCCUCGACUUCACCACCAGCUCGCGCCAAUGGCCGUGGAGUACGAACCGGGCUUUGAUGAACCCAUCUUGGAGGGACUCCGACAAAGGGGACACGUGGUAAAGGAAAAAGCCCCGGAUGCUGGGUUUGCUGCGGCCACCGCCAUCUCCAGAGACGCAAGCAGCCGAAUAUCGGGAGCAUUCGAUCCCCGACGAGGAGGAAGUUUGGAAAUAUUGUAAUCUAAUUUAAGUUAGAGUAAGUUAGUAGCAUCUGAAUAUCUUAAGCUCGAAGCGUUGCUGGGAGCAGUGAAAACCUACAUUCGUGAAUUAUUUCUAGUUUUAAUAGAUAAGUGAAGAAAAUCUGGAUUUAUGCGACGACCAACUUGAAAAAUAAAUAUUUAAUUUGUUCAAUGAAA